AGUGAAAAACUAUCUCCACCCUUUGUCUGGGAGGUACGAUGAUUCGGUACUAUAAAAAGGGAACGACAUCUCCGUUUUCCAAGAUUAUUCAAUUAAUUUGUUUAAAGAAGAAUAAGCAUUCAACAGGCUUUACCUCCAACGAUGAAGUUGUUUGUGGUGAUUUUUCUUGUAUCUGCAGCAGCUACGGCUUGGGCUGGAUAUUCAUCUCCUGACUAUGGAUAUGAUUACGGAGUAUCAAAUCAGAAAAACCUUUAUACUACCUACAAGCCGUACUACAUAACUUCAACUGCAGUUAAACCAGUUUAUACAGUAAAGCCAGUAUAUACGGCCAAACCGGCUUACGUUGCCAAACCUUAUUAUGGUGCUUUGCAGGGAUAUGGCAAUGGAUAUGGUUACUAUGGCUCCUCCUAUAGGCCAAUCUGGUCAUCCUCAUCCCUUUCUGGUACUCACUACCCUUAUUAUGGAUAUGGACAUGGAGGCAGCUACGCGUAUAAUCCUUAUUACUACGGUAGUUACAAACAUGGCAUUGGAUAUUAUCCUGGAUACGACUACAUUGAUUGGUAAAAAAUGAGUUUCAAGAUAUGAACGAGAACUAAUGAUUUA